AUGGGUUCUAAUUUUCACACUUCAUCGAAGCCUCUCAAAGAAAUCGACAUUCGUCCUCCUGAAAAUACAGUCAAGGGUGCCGUAAGUUUGAAUCCUGAUAUCGGCAAAUAUAUCGAUGCUGAUUUUGGGCUUAACGAUGGCACACCUGUGCCAUGGACUUAUGUUACAUUCGAUAAACAGAAUGAAGUUCUCUCUGAUUUGAUCACUCGUUUGGUCGUUGAGCUGAAGCUACCACAAGCCGAUAAGAAUGUGUAUGCAUUGAAAUUCGAAAGUCCCGAAAAUGACGGUGCGUUCUUAACUGAUGAAAAUCGUGCACUCAUACGACAAGGAUUUAUGAUCAUUUUAACUGCAUCUCCAGAACGUUAUUCACAUUCCAUAUUGGAACGUUUACGACGAUUAUCGAAUCGAGUUGGCGAACCUCGUGCAACGCUAUCUGAAUUAAUAGCUAUCUGUGGUGAUUAUGCUUUUGCAUCGGAAUUUCAUCGUGCCGGAGGCAUAAAACACGUACUGGAAAUGAUCGAAAAUGGUUCAUAUUCAGAGUGCGUUUGGACUGAAGUAUCAGACGGUUUCGUGUCAAAAAUUGCAGAAAAUAUAACUGGACGUGCGAAACAAGAGGACAACACGUUAUUGUUAUCUUCUUUGAAUAUCGUCGAUCUUGUUCUCAAUUCUAAAAGUGAAGAAAAAAAGCAACUGGUGAUGCGUGAAGUUCCAUUCGAAUCACUCAUUCGACAUCUGGAAAAAUCUGAUGAGCGUAUCAUUUACAACGUACUCAUGCUAAUGAAUUCACUCUAUGCGAAAGCAAGUGACGAUGACAAAUUGAUCAUUGUUGAACAUUUGCAUGCCACACCAUUUCAACGUGCCAUCGAGAAUUCAGUGUUACGUAAACGUCGCCAGCUGGAUGUUGGUAUUGAGCAGCAACUGCUUACCGUUCAGCGAAUAAAGCUUAAUCAACUUGCUCGUAGAGCAAUGCAUCCAGCAUGUGAAACUGAUAUCGAACGUUUACAACAACUGAAAGCACUUAGUGCGGAUGGUACGCAUUCACCAAUUCCAUUUCAAUCACGUCGUCAACAGUGGCACGAUUUUGCGAGCGCAGUUGCCAACACACCACCUGGUUCAUUGGCCGUUGAUAUGAUCAGCGGUUUCGCCACCUAUCAUUCAGACUCGAUCGCGAAGAUAACAAUGGAAAACUCAUUGAGAGGUGAAAGCUUGGCGUGGCCUGUACUAUUGGUAUGUGUUCGCCUUGUACAAAUGCUGAUUGAUAUCUUACAUAUCAUUAGUGAACCGGAAGAUGGUGAUCGAUUGGUCGUAAUGUUAUUCAAAAGUGAUCGACCUUUUGUGGAUUUAUUCGCUGUUAUGGUUCGCCUCUUUCAUAGAACAUGGCGUGAGAUGCAUGCUAGUGAAGAGGAUAUCGAUAAGGUAUUGGCUGUAGUUCAGAAACAGUUGGACAUUUGUAUGUUGGAAAGACCUGAAACGAUGGAGAAACUUGAAGAAUUCCUCGUUGUUCACUCGUAUCCACAUAUGCAAAAAAUCUGGGAAAGAGAACGGAGUGCAAAAGAAGCAGAAGAAUUACAAAGCGAUGCAGUUAGAGAGUUACGCGAAUUUUUACGACCGCAAAUAAUAGAACUUAUAAAGAAAAAUCGAAAAAAUGUAAUCAAAAACGGAUAUACGUUUGGAAAGCUGUCGAAAAAUAAGUCUAUUCAAAAAGGACAGCAAUUUUGGCAUUGGAAACUUGAUCCGAAUGAGAAAACUCUUCUGUGCACAGACUGUACUGCAUCCGAUAAUACCGUAAUUGUGGACCCAACCGUCACAAUUAAAAUUUCUGUAUCAGAUAUCCAAUGUGUUUGGAGUGGUGAUGAGAUUGGAGAUGGUUUGCACACGUUAACGAAAAGUAAGAAGAAUGCAGCCGUACGAGGUUUGUCGUUAGAGGUGGGUGAUAAAGCGGACGUUUAUCACUUGCUCACUUCUGAUGAACCAGUCAUAAACGCUUGGAUGGAUGGUAUCAACGCUUUGAUAGGAUGUCAACGAUUAUCAGCACAAGCGCAGCAACAAGUUGAUCGCUUUUUGAAUAUCGAGUUGAAGAUGAGGUUGUUGCAAUUGGAGAAUUUUCAAAACGCCUGCCAAAUACCUCCACCACCGAGCAACUUCGAUUGGAUUCCAAAUAAUAAAGCAAUGGUAUGA